CGCUUUAGAGAUGUGAUGGGUUUUGUCAGAUAAAACGGCCCUGACCCGAAUCCAUUCCAUCACUUCACCGACGUUUUAACUUAUACGAAUCGCCGAGAAAGAAAGGGUAUAGAAGCCCCAUUGGGAACUUAAUCUCCUGAACUAAUUAAGAAAGAACGCUAAAUCGACAUCGUCGUAAUGGACUCAAAAUCAUUAGCGAAGUCAAAGAGAGCACAUUCUCUGCAUCAUAAGAAGCAUCAUCCGAAUCAAAAGGGGAAAGGUACUACUAGCACUGUAGUACCUCCGGAUAAAGCACCGGGGAAGGUUGUUGUUGUUGUUAAGGAAAAGGCUCGGGUGGGCCCUGCCGCACUUCCGUCUAAUUGGGACCGUUAUGAGUAUGAAGAUGAUCCCAUGGGGGAGAAUCAAGUAGAUGCUCAACCGAGUGACGUAGUUGUACCUAAAAGUAAAGGUGCAGAUUAUGCUUACUUGAUUUCUGAGGCCAAGUCCCAAAAUUCUACAAGGCUGUCUUCGGAUUUUUUUGAUGAUUUUGUUUCUGAUUUUGGUCAGGGAAACGAAUCCUACUUUACGGUGCGAGGAGAAAGCUUACUAUCAUCUAUUCAAAAUGAUAGUUUCUUUGUAGAUGAUAAGACACCUGCAAACUAUGAGGCUUCAUUUCUCUCGCUGAAUAUGCAUGCUCUGGCAAACCAACUCGCAAAGAUGGAUCUACCAAAAAGGCUUUUCAUGGAGGCAGAUUUGUUCCCUCCCGUGCAGCAAGCGUAUGACCUCGCACCAUCCACCGCCACCAAGAGCAACACCCACGUGAACCCAAGGGCGCACCAUCCCACAGUUGCAAGUUGUAGUGCAAACGAGUCAAAACCUAAAGCUGAACUUGAACUUGAUAUGCUGCUUGAUUCUUUUGACGAUGUUAACUUGAAGGAGAAGGCGUCAUCUACCUUGAGCUCCACGGUAGAUUUUGAUAUCGAUGGAACACUUGACGACUUGCUCAAGGAAACUUCUACUCCACCUCUGCUUCAUCAGAGAAAUGCGUCACAGACUCAACAAGUCCCCAAAUCUGAACCACUUGAUGAUUUUGAUUCAUGGUUAGAUACUAUCUGAAUUUCUCUACAGGUGAAUUUUAUGUUAUCAUCAACAGAAAACACUUGCUCACCAUGGCAAAUUAAGCUGCACCCGACUCAUUGCCACAACGUUGUUCAAGAAAUUUCAACCAAUACCUAGGUUUGGGAGGGGGUUUUAGGUUUAAGUCUCACAGACGACAAGGAUUAAAAGAAAUUUGUUGUUGAAAAACAAACUUCUUACAACAUGUAGCCUUCGGCGUUGAAAUGUACUUGUGAUCAAUUUGGCUUUAAGAUUAUUAGUGUGAUAAAACAAAGAACAAUCAAGUCAAAAAGUUGUGUGAUUUUCUGGUUGGCUAUAAGUUUUUAGUGACAUUUCAGCUACCGUGUUAUGGAUUAAAUGUGGUUGUAUUUGUGACAGCCUAUGAACAUGCAUUUCAAGUGUGUAGCAUGACAUUUUUGAGUU